GACCCCAUAUCAGCUGUCAACGGUGUAGUCUUUAAAUGCAAAAACUCAACGAUGGGGUCACAGCGCUCAAGAGUGAGUGUCCAGGCCCCUCUUCCUGCCCAGGGCUGUGAGCUGGCUGUCCCCCAACCGCUCCAGGGACACAGGCCCAGCUCCACCAGCCUCACCCCUUCCCCAGCUCACGUGCCUCUUCCUAGGGGAAGGCAUCCUCUGUUAUCUGUGGGCAUCUGCAGCCACCUGGGUCCAUUUCCUGGUAGAGGGACUCAAGGGCAGCUCUGUGUCCUCAUCACGGGCGGCAUCGUGGCCACUGCUGGCCAGUUCACCCAGUGGUACUUUGGCGCCUACUCCAUUGUAGCAGGAGUGUUCGUCUGCCUGCUGGAGUAUCCCCGGGGGAAGAGGAAAAAGGGCUCCACCAUGGAGAGAUGCGGACAGAAGUACAUGACGAAAGUGGUGAAGCUGUUCGGGCCCCUCUCCAGGAAUUACUACGUCCGGGCCUUCCUGCACCUUGUGCUGUCGGUACCAGCCGGCUUCCUGCUUGCCACCAUCCUGGGGACAGCCUGCUUGGCCAUAGCGAGUGGCAUCUAUCUGCUGGCGGCCACCCGUGGUGAGCAGUGGACUCCCAUCGAGUCCAAGCCUAAGGAGCGGCCUCAGGUGGGGGGUACCAUCAAGCAGCCACCCAGCAACCCCCCACCCCGGCCCCCAGCCGAGGCCCGCAAGAAGCCCAGUGAGGAGGAAGACGAGGCGGCAGCAGCAGGAGUCUCCAGUGGCCCCCAGGAAAACCCUAUCCCAGUGACCGAUGAGGUUGUGUGAACUACUACGAGUGGCUGCUGUCUCGUGUUGCUUUUCGGUGGGGGGACCCACCCAGACCCCAAAGGUACCCCCUUGCCUGCCCUGCGGAACCACAGGCCCUCUCUUGGUGUCAUUCCCAGAAGCCUAUCUUUUCUCAAUGGUACUUGAAAUCACAAGCAUCUUUUAUUCCAUGAAAUAUAGUUUCUGAAAUUCCAA